CUGCAGCAAAAUCCGGUCUUUCUCUUCGAUCGCCACACUUUCUCUCUCUACUUUCCUUUCCCUCUCUCUCUCUCUCUCUCUCUCUCUCUACUUUCUGUGUCCUGCUUCCGAGCUCGGUCAGAUCGAUGGCGGACGCGAGGCGAUACGUGCUCGGCAACCCGCUGGAUAUCCAGCAAAUACUUUUGGAUGCGCAACAUCGGUGGUUACGCCCAGCUGAAAUUUGUGAAAUUCUCCAAAACUACAAAAAGUUUCAAAUUGCACCAGAGCCUGCAAAUAUGCCUCCAAGUGGUUCUUUAUUUCUUUUUGAUCGGAAGGUACUCAGAUACUUCAGAAAAGAUGGGCAUAAUUGGAGGAAGAAAAGAGAUGGGAAGACAGUGAAGGAAGCUCAUGAGAGACUCAAGGCGGGAAGCAUUGAUGUGUUGCAUUGCUAUUAUGCACAUGGUGAACAUAAUGAAAAUUUUCAGCGGCGCACCUAUUGGAUGCUUGAAGAGGAGCUCUCGCACAUUGUUCUGGUACACUACCUUGAAGUAAAGGGCAACAGGAUGAACAUCCAUCGAAUCAAAGAUACUGAAGAGACAAUUUCCUUGUCCCAUGAAACUGAAGUUAACCAUGAGACAAAUAGUUCUCUGUCUUCUAUUUCUCACCAAAAUAACUAUCAAGUUCCUUCUCAAACAACGGAUAGCUCUAGUCCUCAGGCAUCGGAGUAUGAGGAUGCUGAAUCAGCAUAUAGUAACCAGGCAAAUUCCGGAAAUCACUCUAUUGUUGACUUUCAAGAGGCUGGAAUGCAAAAUAUUGACACUGGACACUCUGAUCCUUAUUAUCCGGCUUCAGAUUCAACAGAUGAUUAUCAACAAAACCUGUCUCUUAAACCUGGGAUGGACUUUCUCUCUCUUUCUCGAGCUGAUAUUACUAGAGAGUGUAAUGUUGCUGGUUUAGCAUUAGAGCCUCAGAAGAAUCUUGAUUUUUCAUCUUGGGAGCCGCUAUUAGAAAGUUGUACUUCUGGUGGCCAAUCCACUCUUAUUCAGGUGUUAGGUUCUUCUGCACAACCUGUUACCCCUGAUAUCAUGCCUAAACAUGCUCAUGAUACAGUAGAGCAGCUUUUCACGGAUGGUAUCAGUACAAAGCAGGAGAUUGGGAUCCAAUCACAGGACCAAGAAGAAUUACAGGUACAUCUGACCAAUAAAAUUGCAGAGAGUGUAAGUACAGAAAAUGGACAUCAUUCAAACUCAUUCUUAGAUGGCAAUGUUGCAUUAGAAGUGAAAGCAGGCUGCCCUUCUAUGGGAAAACAGCCAUUUGCCAAUAUCCUAGCAGAAGAAGGUUUGAAGAAGAUGGACAGCUUCAACCGGUGGAUGAGUAAACAACUAGGGGAUGUGAAUGCGUUACUUGGUCAGUCUAGUACUGGAGCCUACUGGAGUGCAAUUGUCAAUGAUGAUGGUAUCGAUUCGAGUGACUCUCAGGAGCAUGAUAAUAACUUUAUGCUCACUCCCUCUCUUUCCCAGGAACAGCUAUUUAGCAUCAUAGAUUUUUCACCAAGUUGGACAUACGCUGAUUUAGAAAUCAAGGUGCUGAUCACUGGAAGGUUCUUGAGAAGUCAACAAGAUGCAGAACUAUGCAAAUGGUCUUGCAUGUUUGGUGAAGUAGAAGUUCCAGCAGAGGUUAUGGCAGAUGGUGUUCUGCGUUGCCAUGCUCCAGUGCACAAGGCUGGGAGGGUUCCCUUUUACGUUACAUGUUCCAAUAGGGUGGCAUGUAGUGAACUUCGUGAGUUUGAAUUCCGUGUGAACAACUCUCAAGAUGUGAUUUCUGCAGAUACUAAAGAUGGCAGUAUAAAUGAGACUCUUUACAUGCGUUUUACAAAGUUGAUGUGCUCAAACACUCCACGUCUCAGCAACAGCAAUAUUGGGGAAAACUCGCAGUUGAGAAGUAAGAUCUGCUCAUUGCUGAAAGAUGAUGAUGAUGCUCAUUGGGAUCAUGUGAUGGAAAGUACUUCAGAUGAGUUUUCUACAGAGGGAGUAAGAGAGCAGUUCUUCCAAAAGCUACUCAAGGAGAAGUUAUGUGAAUGGCUCAUAGAAAAGGCAGCUGAGGGCGGAAAAGGUGCCAGUGUAUUGGAUGAGGACGGUCAAGGUGUGCUACAUUUUGCAUCUGCUCUUGGCUAUGAUUGGGCCCUGCAACCAACAAUUAUUGCCGGUGUAAGUGUAAAUUUUCGGGAUGCAAAUGGAUGGACUGCACUUCACUGGGCAGCAUCUUUUGGCAGAGAGCGGACGGUUGCUUCCCUCAUCUCUCUUGGUGCAGCACCUGGAGCAUUAACUGAUCCAACUCCCAAGUAUACAACGGGCAGAACACCUGCAGAUUUAGCUUCUGCCAAUGGACACAAAGGAAUUGCAGGCUAUCUUGCUGAAUCUGCUUUGAGUGCUCACCUUUCGCUGCUUAAUCUGGACACUGCUGGAGGUGAUGCCUGUCAUGGUUCUGGAGGAAAAGCAGUACAAACAAUUUCAGAGAGAAGUCCCACUCCAAUCAGAGAAGGAGACUUGCCAAGUGGCGUUUCACUUAAAGAUUCAUUGGCUGCUGUUUGUAAUGCCACUCAAGCUGCUGCACGUAUUCACCAAGUUUUUAGAGUGCAGUCUUUCCAAAGAAAGCAAUUGAGAGAGUUUGGUGAUGAUAAUCAUGGAAUUUCAGAUGAACAUGCUCUUACACUGGUUGCAUCGAAGGUAUACAAACCAGGACAAGUUGAUGAACCUUUGCAUGCUGCAGCAGUUCGGAUACAGAACAAAUUUCGUGGAUGGAAAGGUCGGAAAGAAUUUUUAAUCACCCGGCAGCGAAUUGUCAAGAUUCAGGCCCAUUUCAGAGGUCACCAGGUGCGGAAAAAUCGCAAAAAUAUUCUUUGGUCCGUGGGAAUUGUAGAGAAAGUUAUUUUGCGUUGGAGAAGAAAGGGAAGUGGCCUACGAGGUUUUAAACGAGAAGAACUUACUGACACCUCCAGCAUGCAAGAUGCAUCCUCAGAUGAGGAUGAGUAUGAUUUUUUGAAAGAAGGACGAAAGCAGACUGAAGAAAGGUUGGAAAAAGCUCUUGCUAGGGUGAAGUCCAUGGUGCAAUACCCUGAGGCCAGGGAUCAAUAUAGGAGAUUGCUAAACGUUGUUUCUGAGAUACAAGAAGCCCAGGUUGAAUACGAAAUGACACCCGACCAUAAUGGAGAAGCAACAGAUUUUGAUGGUGAUCUGACUGAUCUUGAACAACUAUUGGACGACGACACUUACAUGCAUUUGGGACCCUGACCCCACGAUCUCUCUUCCCGUCAGUAGGGUUUACAAAUUAACUGGUAGACUGAACCGGCAAAGACUGUAUAAUGACUGCAUUUAGUGUACAGAUGUAAUCUAGCAAUUAAUUCAAUUAGCUGCUUCUCUCUACCCAUCUGUAGAAUAUGCAAAUUAACUGGUAAACUGAACCGGCAAAAAUUGUAUUAUGACUGCAUUUAGCGUGCAGAUGUACCUAACAAUUAAUUCAACUAGUUGCUUUACCAAAA